GGUUUUGAAAUCAUGCCUUGUUCCUUCUGUAUCUCGAAGGGAUUGGAGUGUAAGAUGAUGGAAGGUACCAAAAGGUAUUCCUGUUGCGUUCGCUGGGAUUGUUCCUGCAAUGGUUCCGGUAUUCCGGUGAAUGCUUGUAGGUUUGCUCUUUUCUAA